AUGUGCGAAUCCCCUCUCGUUCUUUGCCAUCAGAAAUCGGAACAAAUUUGGGUAGAUCGGGAGUUUCCGAUGGAGCUAUCAAUGAAGAACGAAGAGGUGCCCACUGCGGCUGACGGCACAACCGAGAACAAGGUCCUUGACAAGCAGCAAGAUGACGAAGAGGCGAAGAUGAAGAAGAUGACCGAUGCCGUGCGCACGUUGAUCGAGUGCGUGGGCGAGGACCCUUCCCGCGAGGGCCUCGUCAAGACGCCGCUGCGCAUGGCCAAGGCCCUCCAGUUCUUCACCAAGGGCUACCACGAGAACCUCGAGACCAUCGUGGGCGGCGCCGUGUUCGAGGAGAAUCACGAGGACAUGGUCAUCGUGCGCGACAUCGACCUCUUCUCGCUGUGCGAGCACCACAUGAUCCCCUUCUACGGCAAGGUGCACAUCGGCUACAUCCCCAACAAGAAGGUGCUCGGCCUCAGCAAGCUCGCACGCGUCUCGGAGAUGUUCUCGCGGCGCCUCCAGAUCCAGGAGCGGCUCACCCAGCAGAUCGGCAACGCCAUCAUGGACGUCCUCCAGCCCCAGGGCGUCGGUGUCGUCGUCGAGGCCACACACAUGUGCAUGUGCAUGCGAGGAGCACAGAAGCCGGGGUCGAGCACUAUCACCAGCUGUAUGGUCGGCGUGUUUCGGGACGACGUCAAGACGCGACAAGAGUUCCUACAGCUCAUCCACUCCAAAAAGCUCUUCUCUUAG